AGUUGCUCGAUCUUAAUACGUAAUCGCAGACAAGUGAGCCCUGUUUCGCGGUUCGUCACGUUUUCAACUUGUACCCUCCUCGAGCCCUAUAUAUUCUCAUCCAGGCCUUUACCUUCUCUUCGUCUCUCUCUGUGUGGAAAUACAGAGCACCUCACAAAGAAAGAAAGAUCCCAUUAAAGAUUGAGAAAGUAAAAAAAAAAAAUAAAUUUGAAGAGAGAAGACGACGGAAAGGGGAAGAGCUCGUCUCCCUUCUAUUUUCCAUUCAAGAAUAUAUUCUAAUCCCGUAUAGUUGGUUAGUCUCCAAUGGCGGCCUCUGUCGAUAAACGCCAGUUCACUCGCUUGGAGCCCGGCAUAAACGGAGUCGUUCGCUCCUACAAGCCUCCCGCUCCUACCCCCACCCACCGGACCGAUUCUCCGGUUCGCAUCCGCAACUACCACAACACUACCAACGGCUUCCCCUCCAAAACGCCCGCCUUCCAAGAAGAUGAUGACUCCUCUAGCGAGGACGAAAAUGAGCGUGGAGACAUCUACAAGGAUUUAAUACGCAAAUCAAACGCCGAAUUGGAGCCGUCGAUCUUGGACCCGCGAGACGAAGGAACGGCCGAUAACUGGAUCGAGCGGAACUCCUCGAUGGUCCGCCUCACAGGGAAACACCCAUUCAACUCGGAGGCUCCCCUGAACCGGCUCAUGCACCAUGGAUUUAUCACCCCGGUUCCGCUCCAUUACGUCCGAAAUCACGGCCCGGUCCCUCGGGCCUCGUGGGCUGAAUGGACCGUAGAGGUGACGGGCCUUGUGAAGCGCCCAACGCGCUUCACUAUGGAGCAGCUCGUAUCCGAUUUCCCUAGUCGCGAGUUCCCCGUGACGCUGGUCUGCGCCGGCAACCGACGCAAGGAGCAGAACAUGGUGAAGCAAAGCAUUGGGUUCAACUGGGGAGCCGCCGGGGUUUCUACUUCGGUGUGGCGCGGUGUUGCUUUAUGCGAUGUUCUAAAGCAUUGCGGGAUAAUCAGCCGCAAGGGUAGAGCAAUGAAUGUGUGCUUCGAAGGUGCUGAGGAUCUGCCGGGUGGCGGUGGGUCCAAGUAUGGUACCAGCAUCAAGAGAGAGUACGCUAUGGAUUCUUCAAGGGACAUCAUCUUGGCUUACAUGCAAAACGGCGAGCGUUUAAGCCCUGACCAUGGAUUUCCUGUGAGGGUAAUUAUUCCCGGAUUUAUUGGUGGGCGCAUGGUAAAAUGGUUAAAACGGAUAAUAGUUGCCACUCAGGAAUCUGAAAAUUAUUACCAUUACAAAGACAACCGGGUACUUCCCUCCCAUGUUGAUGCGGAGCUCGCAAACGCCGAAGCUUGGUGGUAUAAGCCGGAGUACAUAAUCAACGAACUGAACAUAAACUCGGUGAUAACGACGCCGUGCCAUGAGGAGAUCUUACCGAUAAACUCGUGGACAACUCAGAGACCAUACACAUUGAGGGGAUAUGCGUACUCUGGGGGCGGCAAGAAGGUGACACGUGUGGAGGUUACAAUGGACGGUGGGGAAACGUGGCAAGUGUGCGCGUUGGACCACCCAGAGAAGCCUAACAAGUAUGGCAAGUACUGGUGCUGGUGUUUCUGGUCCUUGGAAGUGGAGGUGCUGGACCUGCUUGGAGCCAAGGAGAUAGCUGUUCGAGCCUGGGACCAGACCCUCAACACCCAGCCGGAGAAGCUCAUUUGGAACGUUAUGGGAAUGAUGAACAACUGCUGGUUCCGGGUCAAAACAAACGUGUGCAAACCCCACAAAGGAGAAAUUGGUAUCGUUUUUGAGCACCCGACCCAACCGGGUAACCAGUCCGGAGGCUGGAUGGCGAAGGAGCGCCACCUCGAGAAGUCAUCGGACACCACACAGACCUUAAAGAAGAGUGUCUCUUCUCCAUUCAUGAAUACGGCCUCCAAAACUUUCUCCAUGUCAGAAGUCAGUAAGCACAAUUCCGCCGACUCGGCGUGGAUCAUCGUCCACGGCCACAUCUACGACUGUACUCGCUUCCUCAAGGAUCAUCCCGGCGGCUCUGACAGUAUCCUCAUCAAUGCUGGCACAGACUGCACCGAGGAAUUCGAAGCCAUCCACUCAGAUAAGGCCAAGAAAAUGCUCGAGGACUAUCGAAUCGGCGAGCUCAUCAACUCCGGCUACGUCUCGGACUCCUCAGCCUCCUCCCCCAACAACUCCGUGCAUGGCGCCUCCAACACUACCCACUUGGCUCCUAUCAAGGAAGUCGCGGCGCCCGUAAGAAGUGUAGCCCUCAUUCCACGUGAGAAAAUCCCAUGCAAGCUCGUUGAGAAAACUUUGAUAUCCCACGACGUACGCCGCUUCCGAUUCGCUCUGCCGUCGGAGGAUCAAGUGUUAGGCUUGCCAGUUGGGAAACACAUUUUCUUGUGCGCCAACAUUGAUGGCAAGCUGUGCAUGAGAGCGUACACGCCAACCAGCGGCAUUGAUGAAGUGGGCUACUUCGAUCUAGUUGUGAAGAUUUACUUCAAGGGCAUGCACCCCAAGUUUCCUAACGGUGGUCUACUGUCACAGUACCUAGACUCGCUGCCAAUAGGGUCUUUCCUUGACGUGAAGGGUCCCCUGGGUCACAUCGAAUAUAUGGGCCGCGGCAACUUCAUGGUUCACGGCAAGCCAAAGUUCGCGAAGAAACUGGCAAUGCUCGCCGGCGGCACCGGAAUCACGCCGAUCUACCAAGUGAUGCAGGCCAUCCUGAAGGACCCAGAAGACGAAACGGAGAUGUACGUAGUGUACGCGAACCGGACGGAAGAUGACAUCUUGCUGAGGGAAGAGCUGGACGCUUGGGCUAGCAAACACGAGAGAGUGAAGGUGUGGUACGUGGUGGAGAAGGCGAUUAAAGAAGGGUGGAAAUACAGUACGGGGUUCAUCACGGAGAGUAUCAUGAGGGAGCAUGUACCGAUGGGAUCAGACGAAGCGCUAGCAUUGACAUGUGGACCACCACCCAUGAUUCAGUUCGCUGUGCAGCCGAAUUUGGAGAAGAUGAAUUAUGAUAUAAAGGACUCGUUGUUGGUGUUCUGAAGGAGGAGAUGUUGAAUCAGUCGACAUUAAGGUGACCCAUGCACCCUUGUAUAUGUAUAUAAUUAGUACAUUAAUCUCAUCUUCUUGUUGUAUUUUAUUUUCUCUUUAGUUUUGUCAAAGCAAUUACGUCCGUCCCUUUUGUAAUGCACUUAAUUUACUUUUCUUGAAAGAUAAAGGAAAAGGAAAUUGUUGUUUAAUAAUUUGAAGCUUGUAUAUAUGAAUCUCUUUUGAGGAUGGUCAUCGUCCAAUCUGAUGAUUUAGAGAAAUAUUGUAUCAUUGUUAUUCAUCAUGUUCAAA